GUUAUAUUCGAGAUGAUGAGGUUAUAUUUGACAUGAUCCACGUUCCCGCGCAAAAACAGAUACUGUUUUGUGUCAUAUAAAAAUUAUAAUUAACAUGGCUAUACGAUUGCAUAUAAAUAAUAAAGAUUUAGUUGAUCAAAAGCAGUCAGAGUUACACUUUAUGCCAUGUAAAAUUCAUGGGAACGAAGCCACUAAGGUUUCUUCUUUCUUUAAACCUUACAUUCGUAAGAUAGACAAAGAAUAUUGUGAUUGUUCUUUCCGUGGUUAUCCACUCCAAGGAAAAGAAGUAACUGUACCUGCUAGCUAUAAAGGCAUGAUAUUUAUGGAAAAUAGAAAGACAGAUAGUGAAAGCAAGAAUCGAAAUUUGUAUUGCACCAAAACCUUUUCAAAGUUUACAUAUUGGAAUUAUGAUAAAAUACCAUCCAAGAAUGAUGCCAUUAUAGCAGCAUUAGAUUGGAUUGACAUAGCUGAAACAUUACAUACACCAGAAACAUAAAUACCAAAGGCAUAUACCAAUUGUUCUAGUGGAGAUAUAAGAAACAUUGUUAUCCAAUAACAUUAUAUUUUUCUACUGAUAGAAAAGGGAAGUAAUAAAGAUGUAUUUCGUAUAACAGAUUUAUUUUUAAUGUUGUAAUUGGAUGGUUAUGCCACAAAUAAUGAGUGUAUAUGUGCGUAAGAAUCUAUAACUGUAAGAUGUGUAAAGAGAGAUAGUGGUGGUAUCAAUAGAGUAUAAUUAGCAGCAAAGUUUUUAAAGAAACAGAGUUUUCUAUUUAGAUAUCUGUGGACUUUUCAUUAGUUCGUUUAAUAUAAUGAUACAAUUAUAAAUGCAUUCUGCAGAUUCUUUUCAAAGACACAAAUCUGUUUUAUGCAAGAUGUUACUAUGCUUUUAUACGAUUCAUAUUUAAUUUUAUAUUAAAUGCAUUUAGUGCCAUCGACAGCUUACAUUGAUAGUAUUCAUUGUAAAUAGGAUGUACUUAGCAUCUGAGCAUCCAUAGCUAUCUUAAAGACAUACAAAUGUGUAAUUUACAAAAUACAUUUUUCAGAAUACCUACUGAAUCGUUUAGGCCAAAGAAUCCAAUCAGUUUGCAACUAGCAUGUAUUGAACAUGUGCGCAGCGUGAAUCGAUUUCCAAAUACGAAAUGCUAGAAUUCAAUUUCCAUUCCUGUAUCAUGUAGAAUCAUUGGCAGUGAGAGGAAAUGUGCGUAUCUUAAACGAAGUAUGUUUGUUUACAUUAUCUCGCGUUAAUUAAUAUGCUAUAGCAUCAUACAAUACAUCAUAGCAAUUAAUGCUACAAUAGGAAAAUUGAUUAAUUAAAUAAUUACAAUCUCAACCUGAAUUUUCUUUGGCGUUAUAACAAUACUGAGGUAUUUAUACGAGAUUUGUAGAACUAAUUAAAAGUGAACCCUGAAUAUCAUAUCAAAUUACAAAAACUCUCUCUUACGUUCGUUCGUUCGUUCGUUCUUACAUUCUAAAUUAUCAAGCCCCCUGACACAACGGAAUAAUAAAUAUAAUAAAAUAUUUCUAUUGAUACUUCUUCCGACGUUUAUUAUAUAGAUAUCGCUAAUAAAAUAACUUCUUGGGAUUCUAAAGGACCUAUUUACAGUAACAUUAUAGAUUUCUAAAGAGCUACUCUAAAAAUAGGUCCGCUGCGUUAUCACUUCGUUUUCAUUCAUGCAAAAGCUCUCUAACGUUUACUUAUAAAGUUGAGGAAGUAAAUGCUUGUCUUAUAGAGACGUUAGUCUCGUUGUCCGUAUGCUAAGCUAAAUGUAUUUUAGUUCACUUAUAUGUAAUUCGGACGGGUGGGUGUCUGUCUGUUCGAUCUCAGACUAGAUUUCUCAGGCGAGCAAAAAAUGCAGCCUCGGUAAAUGAAUCAAAAAGACACCCGCCCAACGAGCGGCAAAUGUUCAGCUGCCUUUCUCCUUCCUAAUAAUUUAAUCUUUUUAAGCUAAACAUGUACGAUCACAUUGGCUUAUGUUAUUUUCGACGAAGAUUACGUUCUAAAAUCAGAUUUUCCUCGCAUUAUCCUCUUUAACAUUAUGGCGUACAAUUCUAGAUGAUUUAUAGAUAUAUCUGUGAAAUUAUAUACGGAAUUAA